CUGCCUCUGGGCGGGGACGGCGGCCGUGCGGGGAGCCCAGGCGGAGAGCCCGGGCGGAGAGCGCGCAGUCCAGCCCGCAGCUCCGGCCCGCGCGUCCCCCGGGAGCCGCCGCCGCUCGCCCCCGCGCCGCUCGCCCGCCGCCAGGCCCGCCCGCGCUCCCUCCCGGCCGCCGCCGCAGCCAUGGCGGAAGUUCAUAAACGUCAGCAUGCCCGGGUUAAAGGAGAAGCCCCCGCGCCAGCCUCCGCGCACAGACAUGCGGAGGAGGUGGGGAUGGCGGCGGCCGAAACGCUGACCGUGUUCCUGAAGCUGCUGGCCGCCGGCUUUUACGGCGUGAGCUCCUUCCUCAUCGUGGUGGUCAACAAGAGCGUGCUCACCAACUACAGAUUUCCCUCCUCACUAUGUGUUGGACUUGGCCAGAUGGUGGCUACAGUGGCAGUUCUCUGGGUGGGAAAGGCGCUCAGAGUAGUCAAGUUUCCUGACUUUGACAGUAAUGUACCUCGAAAGACGUUUCCACUACCUCUACUAUAUUUUGGGAACCAAAUCACGGGACUGUUCAGCACAAAGAAACUGAACUUGCCAAUGUUUACAGUUCUGAGAAGGUUCUCCAUCCUGUUUACAAUGUUUGCUGAAGGAGUGUUACUCAAGAAGACUUUUUCUUGGAGUAUUAAGAUGACUGUAUUUGCAAUGAUUAUUGGAGCCUUUGUAGCUGCCAGCUCUGACUUGGCAUUUGAUCUGGAAGGAUAUGUUUUUAUUCUGAUAAACGAUGUCCUGACAGCAGCAAAUGGCGCAUACGUAAAACAGAAAUUAGAUUCAAAGGAGCUGGGAAAAUAUGGUCUGCUCUAUUACAAUGCACUGUUCAUGAUUCUGCCCACCCUGGCCAUUGCGUAUCUUACAGGAGAUGCACAAAAGGCAAUGGAUUUUGAAGGUUGGGCUGACACGCUCUUUCUUCUGCAGUUCACCCUCUCUUGUGUGAUGGGAUUUAUCUUGAUGUACGCCACAGUACUCUGCACUCAGUAUAAUUCUGCUCUUACAACUACAAUAGUUGGCUGUAUUAAGAAUAUAUUAAUAACUUAUAUUGGAAUGGUCUUUGGUGGAGAUUAUAUUUUCACAUGGACAAACUUCAUUGGCUUAAAUAUCAGUAUUGCUGGGAGCCUGGUAUAUUCCUACAUCAUUUUCUCUGAAGAGCAGCUGAGCAAACAGUUGGAGGCCAGUAACAAGCUGGACAUUAAGGGGAAAGGAGCAGUAUGACCAGAGGAUUGCUUCAGCGAUGUAGGCCUGAGACUUUGAUGAGCGUGGAGCACUGGCAAUUCUUACACAGAUACUGAGGUGUCUUGAUUAUGGAGAAAAUACCAUUCCUUUGCACUUAUACAAUCUUAGGAUUGAUUGCUGCCUUUUAACAUUUUAUGAGAGAAACUUAUAAUUGACUCUAUUUUAAUUAUGCCAUUUGAAUUAAUUUAUAUCAGACUGGAAAAUGCACCAGGCUUUUUAAUUUAUUUUUCUUCUGUGCCGACAGUGAACCAUCGGUGUUUGGAAACUGUUGUAUUCCAUACUUUGAUAUCCAGGUGUCCCUGAGAGCUGCAUCUAUAAAGUGCUCCAACUGGAGCCUCCUCGUUCAAGUCAUUGCUGCGUCUGGAGGCAGGUCUAGCCUUCCUUCUGCUGGAAAUGCAGUGGAGUAUCGGCAGUGUCUCUUCUUUGAAUUACAUUUCUUAACGAUUGCAUUUUCUUCAUAAGGAUAUCAUCGUUGCAUUUGCCAAAGACUACAACUUUGGCUCUAAAAAAAUAGGCGGGGCUUUGGGGUGUAUCGCUUUGCAUGUUGGCUUUCCUGAGAACUCCUGGGAUGAGCAGAGUGCAUUCCUUGAAAAUUUGCUGUUCCCUCUUGGUUGUGUGGGAUGGAGAUAAUGAAGUGCUGGAGGAAGCACUUAUCUAUCUCUCUGAUUCAUUCAUUCACCUAAAAUGUAGUGAGUAUGUAACAUGUGCCAGGCCUGAUCCUAAGUGCUGGGGAUACAGAGAGGUUUUCUGGAAGUCGUUGAAUGAGCUCACUUCGGCCGAAGUGACUGAGUGAGGUAAGACAGAGAACUCAGCUUGAUCCAUCUACUCAGCAGAUGUGACUAGGAACAAGUCGUAGAACUUUAUCCAGUUCUUAGACACUGCAAUCUAUAUGUGGUGCACCUGCCCCACCUCACCCACAGCAGUGUGAAACCAAACACUGAGCUGUGAGAUCAGAGGCAUGUGAAGAGGUGCAUUUUGUGAACCAUGCAGCCCGGCCCUUCCCUGAGUGAGAAUGGUAGGCAGGCAGGCAAGGUGACCCCUGUGUAUUUCCCCGUGCAUCCCUUCUCCGGGUUUAGCUGCUACUCUUUUCCCCCUCUUUAAACCAAUAUGACUGGGUCUUACAUUCCUGAAUGCAUUGGCUUGAGGGAAAAGGCUGGUUAGAUGUUUGUGUAUUGUUGGGGUCUGGUUGGUGUUAGAGCUGUCACCUUUCUCUGGAUGGCAUGAGCACACCUCUCUCCUGUGGUCACUCCCACCUACAUUCUGCGUCUUUGUCCUUUCACUGCCUUACUGAGGACACCAGCUUCUCUCAAGCCCCAUGCUGCCUUCUGGGAGAACAGCUGUGAAUGGACAUUGAAUUGCCUCUUUGGGUGGGCCAGGCUGUUAAAUUCAACACAGUCCUGUGACUUGGUUCAGACACAUCUGCUGACUUUAGGGAGGAGUGUUUGCUCAGCCAGUUGUGCAGUGAGUAUGCAGGAGGCUGGGUGCCUGGUGCACACACUACUUUUAUUAGUUCAUUGGGUGUGGAAUCCACUGGGCUCCUUUGAUCUAAACAAUGAAUAAUUUGGUGUCUCAAUAUGGCACCUGGAAGGUUCUGAUGUGUUUAUAUUUUUGAUGGAGGUCAUAUUUAUGCUUUUCCCUUAUUUUGCUUUGUCUUUAUAAAAGCCUGGCCAGUGGUGCUGGGUCCCCAGAAUUAGCCUCACAGCCAACUUCCAAGUUAUAAGCUCCAUGUAAGAGUUCCUAAGGCUCACUCCCCCCCCCCCCCCCAUAUCAGCUGAUCGGAGGACAUUCUGGUGAGAGCAUAGGACAUUACCUUGUGUAAGAUGGUUCUUACUGUCCCUGUUUUACCAAUGAAAAAACAAGACUCAAAGAAAGUAGGUGAUUUGCUAAUUAAUCAAAAUGUGUGUUUUUUCCAUUGUACCAUGCUGCCAUAAAUUAACUGUCCUAUAAGAAGGAGUAAGGAAAUGGGGUGCUAGCUGGAUUAGCUUGUGGCAAGCAGUCGAUUGAAUUUUAGUCAGAGAGGAAUAGGCUUUGCAAAUCAGGGAGAAUGACGGAUCACACUAUAUGCCAGCGCUCUCAUCUAACUCCCAGGCUGGCCGCAGCUGAUACGCACUUCUGGCUGUGACUGUUGCCUGUCACUGCCUGGGCUCGCCUGGGCACAGUGGAAAGGCAUUGUGAGACCUAAUUUCAGCAGUUCUGUUCCUUUUUCUACUAGCCACAUGGAAGAAAGAACUUGGACAUUAGAAAUAGUUUGUGUUGUAGAAUUUCUCUUCAUGAAAGGCCUUUGGAUGUGUUUCAAGGUGUUGAACUAGAACCCCACCAGGAGUUGAAUUUCCUCUUGGGGUCAGGUUCCCUUGAAGAUUCGCCAUCUCUCCAGGUUUAUCUGAGAAAAUCAUGUAUAAGGUACAGCUUCGCUAAAUGCACAUGAUCUCAGGGCCCAUAUCCUAUGCCGAACUGACUGACCAGACGCAAUAGGACAACUGAUAGCUCCUGUCCUGUACGUGCUGUGAUUCCUGGAUGCCCCCUUCAACUGCCACCCACAGUGCAGGAUGAGAGGAAGCAGCCUGGGGGAGUUGGGGUCUAUUGGAGAGUUCUGUCUGAGCAAGGACAGAACUGGCCAACCGUUUUUGGAGUUUGCUUCCAUUAUGUGCAGCUCGGUUACAGCAGGACGCUAGAGAUGUACCUAGUGCUAUAGCAUCACCCAGGCUGUCUGGAGUGUACCCUGAGGUUGAUACCUUACAAGGUCAAACAUUCUCUGACCUGUUAACUACCUCCUGGGAGGAAAAAGCGGCAGUGUCAAGUUCAGUCUGUAAUUUGCUCUGUGAGACAGAUGAGCUGUGGAGAGAAUUCUUUUAAAGCAAAAUUCUGACUAAUAGCUUCUCUUUGAGUUAAUGACAGUAGAGUCCUUUUUGUUCAGUUUGCUUUCAGUCAGUGCCAGAUUGAUUCAAAUCACCCAGGUUGACGGGGCUACACAUUGCCAACAUAACAUGUCCAGUGAUUUUUAAUUACCUCAUAUGGCUGUCGACUUUAUGAGUCAGUCAUUUGUAGGAUCCAUCUUGAAUGUAGGUGGGAAGUUUUCGGUAGUCCUGUUGUAUCAGAAAUCCAUGGAAAGUUCAGGUCAGUAAAGCUGAUAUGUGAUCUUCAUGGAAGGAGUAGUAGAAUUUCACACAUAUGACUGGUUGGGAUUGGUACCUAGGAAUUUAGGCUUGCCUUUCCUUUGUUAUCAUGGCCUUAGUCAGUGAGCAAAGAUUUACUGAGCAUCUAUUUGAUGCCAGUCGUUAUGCUCAGUGUUUUGUUUUGGGUGGCAAAAUUAUGCUCAGAGACUAAGAUUGGUUUGCCGGUAUUUUAUUUAACACAUGUUCACUGUGGGAAUUCUAAACAUUUCCUAAGCCCAUAACAAAAUAACAUACUCCAAAGCAAUGAUAGAUUAGUUACACUACUGUUGCAGGCGAGGGGAGGUGAAUGAAAUAAAGCCCAAAUCUAGUUGAGGUGUACCUUUUCUAUAAGGUUGGUUCUUGGGAGAGACAGCUUAAUCAACAGAGUUGCCUUCCAGCUGCCAGCACAAACCAGAUCGCUUGUGCUAGAGCAGAUUGCUGGGGAAUGAUGGCCCUAGCUGGCCGGCAAGAUGUCCUCUGAGAGGCUGCUGCAGGCUCUUGUCACUGCUGGUAGGAGUCACCAUUACUGUGGGGAGCUGGUGCCCAAAGGUCUUGGGAGAGCUGUUUAGAUCAGCAAAGGGUCUCCUUGCCCAGAGAGAAUUUCAAAUAGACCUCAUAAACUCUCUUCACAAACAUGCAGACUAUUUAUAGUCUAAAUAGGCCCUCGCCACAGUUGCUUCCUCUUGGGAUGUUUUUUAUUGAUAGGCCCCCAGGGAUGCUCCUCAACAGCUGAGAUGAUGUCAUCAUGACACAUCUUACUUCACUUUUAUAUCAAAACAGCUUUACUCUUUUUUUAAAAAAUACAUAUUUUUAUUGAUUUCAGAAAGGAAGGAAGAGGGAGAGAGACAGAGAGACAUCAGUGAUGAGAGAGAAUCACUGAUAGGCUGCCUCCUGCAUGCCCCCUACUA